AUGCCACCACCAAUCGCGUCCUUCAGCAGCAGUUACGCCCGAUCUUUCAUAGAUUCUGUUACGAGUUCAGGUCAAGAUAGCAAGGGACAUACGCAACAAAAACCUACUUCUUCGCUGCGUACUGUAUCGAAUGCAGACGUCAUCGUAUCUCUCGAGACCAGUGAUGAUAGCGUCUCCAUGUGCUCGAGACAGCUAGACAUUGGCAGCGCUGACGACGGCAACAUGGACGAAAAGAUUAAAGUUGAAGCUGGAUAUAGUAACGGAUGUACAAAACUACAGGCUAAAGACAUAGUUAAAAGAUCAAACCCUCGUGGUAGAAAGGGACGAAGACGGAGAGUUUUGUGGAGUGCUGAAGAGGUUGAGUUUCUUUGUUUUGGAGUGGUAAAGUAUGGGAUUGGCAAGUGGCAGAAAAUACUAUUUGAUGGCUAUGGUGUAUUUUCAAGACACCGGACUAAUGUGGAUCUGAAGGACAAGUGGAAGAAUAUUCAAAAGAAGAAACUUACGAAGCGAACGGUAGAUGUAAAUAACUUUACGCUUGCUCUUGCACAACAGGAGCAGCAAAGUGAACAGCAUGUGUCAAAAACCUUUCUGAAGAAGCUCACGUCUUAUAAUGAAGUGAGCAAGAUAUUGCCGGCGAACAGCGCUCAGUUGAGAAUUAAUCGGCGAACUGCUGUCGUGGCUAACUUUGCUAUAACUAGGGUUAGGAAGCAGGAAGUCGAUGUGCGGAAGCUUAAAGUUGAAGUUCAAAAGCAGGAAGUCGAUUUUAAACAGGAAGUCGAUUAUGUCUCCUUAGUGAAGAAGGAAAAUGAUGAGUAUCCUGGUGAUGGAAGAUGCGCUGGUUCCGAUCUUGACUCGUCUACUUCUCACCAGAUUUUGGAAAAGAUUGUGAUGACGUUCGCAACCAACAAGAGUUUUCCUAAGUUUUAUGAGCAUUUUGUCAGACGUGUCAUUGGAUGCACAGAUCCAGCUGGUCGGCCUCAACUCAAGACAGCUUUUUGA